GGCUCUCGGACCCGCGCUGGGCGCCGGUUAAGAUCUCGCUGCGUGGGGCCGGAGCCAUGGAGUCCCAGGUGGAAGCGGAAAACGAGGACGGCGACAGCAGCUGCGGGGACCUGUGCUUCAUGGACAAAGGCUUGAUCAGCAUAUCAGAGUUAUCUUUAAAUUCAACCCUGAAUGGCAUCAAUCUUCACUGCAAUAAUAUCUCAAAGAUUGAAGCCAUUGACCAUAUUUGGAAUUUACAACAUCUAGACCUGUCAUCUAAUCAAAUAACUCGCAUCGAAGGGCUAAACACACUGACGAAACUAAGCACUUUAAAUUUGUCCUGCAAUUUGAUCACCAGAAUAGAAGGGCUUGAAGCACUGAUUAAUCUGACUAAAUUGAAUGUAUCUUAUAACCAAAUAAAUGAUCUUAGUGGUUUGAUUUCUCUCCAUGGGAUUAAACAUAAACUUAGGUAUAUUGACUUACACAGUAAUUUUGUAAAUAGUGUCCAUCAUUUACUUCAGUGUACUGUGGGGUUACACUUCCUGACUAACCUUAUUUUGGAGAAAGAUGGAGAAGAUAAUCCUGUCUGCCAUUUACCAGGGUACAGAGAAAUUCUGCUUCAGGCCUUGCCGCAGCUUAGAAUCCUAGAUUGCAAGAACAUAUUUGGGGAACCAAUCAAUAUCCCAAAAAUGAAUUUUUCACGUCUGCAGUGCUUAGACGGUCUUUUGGAUAACUUAGUUUCUUCAGAUUCUCCUCUAAACAUAAGUGAAGAUGAGAUCAUCAGUUGUGUGCCCAAGGUUUCGCCGUCCAUCAAUGAGGUCGCUCCCAUGGAUCAGUUCGCAAGUACCGAAACAGAUGCUGCUUUGACAUCUCUCAUGUCUGAGUGUCCGUCUUCUGAACCAGAAAAAGCUUCUAACUCAUUAGCAAAUGAUCUUCCCAAGAAAGAUACCAGACCAAAAAGACAUCCGGAUUUUACUUCUGAAAGUGACUAUGAAAAAAAAGAAUCCAGCAGAAGAAUUCCUCGAAGAUCAAAAAUUCCUUAUUAUGCUAGAAGUAUUCAGCCUCUUAAGUACCACAGUAAAAGUAGCAGCACUUUUAUAAGCUGUCGUAGAAUCAAGCAACUGCCCUUAAAAGAUUUACAUGUAAGAUCAUCUACAGUGAGCACAAAUUUACUGGAAGAAUCAGAAGAGCCAAAGAAUGAACUGUGUAAAGUAGAAAGAAACGACUCUGAAAACAGCACUUACCGGGCACUGGUUGAACAACUAGAUCAAGAGAGAGAAAAAAGAUGGAAAGCUGAACAAGCCGAGAAGAAACUUCGGGAUUAUAUUGAUGAACUUCAUAAACAUGUAAAUCAAAAAAAAGGUAUUCAUAGCUUGGCCCUACUUACCACAGAAAGGCUAAAGGAAAUUAUUUUCAAAGAGAGAAGUGCCAAAGUGCAACUCGAAAUGAUGGUUCACAAACUUCAAAGUGAAAUUAAAAAGCUAACUAUUGAACUGAUUAAAGCAAGGAAUCAGCAAGAUGAUCACAUUGAACACUUAAGAACCCUGGAAAAGUCACUAGAGAAGAUGGAGAGACAAAGGGGACAGCAACAGGCUGCACAGAUGAGACUCAUCCAAGAGGUGGAGGUGAAAGCUGCCGCUGCGGAUAGAGAAAUCAACCUGCUUAGGUCUUCCCUGCACCAAGAAAAAGAGCAAGUGCAGCAGCUUCAUGAUCUCAUUGCCAUGAAGGAGCAAGAGUACAGGAAAGAACUUGAGACGCGGCAGUUUUUCACUGAAGCUGCCUUUGAGGAAGCUGUCGCUAAGGAAGUCGCUAAAGAGGAGAGGAAGCACGAGCAGGAUAUAAAAAACUACCAAGAAAAAAUUGAGACAUUAAAUCAGCAGUAUAUAGAUCUGGAAAAUGAAUUCCGUAUCGCUUUAACCCUUGAAGCCAGAAGAUUUAAAGACGUUAAAGCUGGUUUUGAAAAUGUUGCAACAGAAUUAGCGAAGAGCAAGCAUGCUCUUGUUUGGGCGCAACGAAAGGAAAGUGAGUCUUCCUCUUUGAUUAAAGAUCUGACCAUUAUUGUGAAAGAACAGAAAACAAAACUUGCGGAAGUUUCCAAGUUGAAACAGGAAACAACAACAAAUUUACAGAAUCAAAUCAAUACCCUUGAAUUAUUGAUUGAAGAAGACAAGCAGAAGAGUAUUCAAAUAGAAGUUCUCAAGCAAGAAAAAAUCCAGCUUAUUUCCGAACUAGCAGCCAAGGAGUCACUAAUUUAUGGCUUAAGGACAGAAAGAAAAGUGUGGGGACAUGAGCUAGCACUGCAAGGAUCUUCUCUAGCUCAAAGCCGUGGGAAGUUAGAGGCUCAAAUUGAAAACUUAUGUAGAGAAAAUGAUUCUCUGAGAAAGGCAAGUGAACGUGAUAGCGACGCAUUAAGGAUUAAAUGCAAAAUCAUAGACGACCAAACUGAAACCAUUGGGAAAUUGAAAGAGAAUUUACAGGAAAGAGAUCAACAAAUCAAAGUGCUACAAGAGAAGAUCAGCGAGAUAGAAAAAUAUACUCAGGAACAGCUUGAUGAAAAGUCUUCACAACUGGAUAUAAUAUUUGAGAAAUUACAAAGACACGAUGAAAGAAAAGACAAACUAAAACAGCAGUUGAAAUUAAAGGAAGUAGAACUUGAAGAGAUUAGAAACGCUUACAGUACACUUAAUCAGAAGUGGCAUGAAAAAGGAAAACUUCUGAGUCAUCUUGAAAUUCAAGUCAAAGAAGUGAAAGAAAAUUUUGAAAAUAAGGAAAAGAAACUUAAAGCAGAAAGAGAUAAGAGUAUUGAACUACAAAAGGAUGCAUUAGAAAAGCUUCAUAUUAUGGAUGGCGCCUUUAAGAAGCAAGUUGAUGCCAUAGUUGAAGCUCAUCAUGCUGAAAUAAUACAGAUGGCAAGUGAAAAGAAGAAAUGUAUCGAAACUGCAAAUUUAAAGGUUUGUCAAGUUGAAGACGAAAUGCGUGGACUUCUGGAAGAAACGUGCAAGAACAAAAAAGCAAUGGAGAUGAAAAUUAAGCAGCUUGCCUGUGCUCUAAGUGAAAUUCAACAAGAAAUGUGAUAGUUUAGAGAACAAACUUAACUGGAAAUGGACCACCAGACCUAUUGUAAAAAAUGAUUAAAUAUUGUAGUAGUAGUAACUUCUGUGACUUUGAAAUGUCUCUUUCUACACUUUUCAUUCUGAUUAUAUUUUUAAAGAUUUGAUCAAGUAUUGUAUAUGUAGGUUUAUAUAAUAAAUUAUUGAUAAUUAUAUGUAUUAGAAAGUCUAUCAAAAGAACUAGGCUUAAGACACUUUCUUAUUUCUGUGUUAUACAAUGUUUAGUUUUUACACAUUUGCCUAUAAAUAUGUAAAUUAAGAUUAGUAUUUUGACUACUUGAGAGGGAGUAUUUUAGUCACUGUUGUUAUCUUAUUGUGUUGAUAAAGGACUAAUUAUAUACAUUGGUUAUCCUUUA